UCACUUUUUCUUUAAAAUGUGAAUGAUUGUGCUUGCCUGUUUUUGACAGUGUAUCACUCCCUAAUUCCUAAGAUAAGAUGUAUUGUCAAUCCUUCAGUGCCUUCGAAAAGUAUAUAGUGUGAGAGGCCUGUCCACACAAUUACAGAGGUGAAAAGAUGGCAACAUCCAGUAGGAUGACCUCAAAAAAUCCAAACAUGGGCCCACUGGAAAAUGUGGAAGCUGUUACACAGAAACUGAGCAGAGCGAUUGAACUGGGAGACAAGGCCACAGCAAUUCAGUGCGCUGAGAUCCUGGCAGAGAAAUGUGUCCCUGUUACUGUCCAAAUCAAGGAGGCUGCCUUUCCUCAACAUGAAAUCAAAUUAAAAGUUGGAGUUGAAGAUUCACAGUCACAUGGUACAUCCAUCACCAUGAAUGUGUUCCCGUAUAUGACUAUCGCAACGUUAAAAGCAAAGGUCCAUAAUGAUUACAGUUUUCAUCCGAAACUGCAACAGUGGAUCAUCGCUCAUCGGCUGGCAAAGGACAAUGAAACCUUGCACUUCCAUGGCAUUCGAAAGGAUGGAGACACAGCAUUCAUGUACCUCCUAUCAGGCAAGCAGGCCAACAUCACACAGAGACAGUGUGAACUGGAUCGGAUUCUGCUUCUACAGCAAGCAGCAGAGACAGGUAGUGGUAUGUUCAAUUCAAAACUGAACAGUGAAGACGCUUUCCUUAAGUUGGAAGCACGGGGUGCCCAAGCACAAUUUAAUGAAGCAAGCACUUUGCCAGAGGAACCAGCAAUGAUUGGUUGGGUGUGUUCAGGUUGCACAUACAUUAAUAAACCCACCCGUCCAGGGUGUGAAAUGUGUAGCACAGCCAGGCCUGAUGACUACCAAGUCCCUGACAUGUAUCAACCCGAUGACGAAGAACUCCAGAGGAUGAAGAAUGAAGAAGAAAGUUUUAAGCAAUAUGAACAGUCCAAACUGAUAAAGCGACAACAGAAUUACAAACUCUUGUUGGAAACAGAUGAACAAAACCUAAUAUCGACCGGGGAAGAUUUUGAAUGUCCAAUCUGUUUAAACACCUUGGAGAAUGGUGAAGGAGUGACUCUUCGAGAGUGCUUACAUGCCUUCUGCAAAGACUGUCUGAAGCAAACGAUCUUGAGCAGCACCGAAGCCGACGUGACGUGUCCAUUCAUGGAUCAACUGUAUUCAUGCGAAAGCAAAAUCCUGGAACGUGAGAUAAAAUACCUCCUGACGGAGAGCGAGUAUCGCACAUACUUAGACAGAAGUUUAGCAAUUGCUGAAAAUCGAAGUGAGAACAGCUAUCACUGUCAGACCCCGGACUGCAAGGGCUGGUGCAUUUAUGAAGAUGAUGUCAAUGAGUUUCAUUGCCCCCUCUGUAAGAAGAAGAACUGUCUGCUGUGUAAGGCAAUACAUGAAGGAGUGAAUUGCAAGCAGUAUCAGGACAAUCUCAAACUUCAAGCUGAAAAUAACAAAGCUGCAAAAAAGACUGCUGACAUGCUCACGGCGUUGCUUCAGAAAGGCGAAGCCAUGAACUGUCCUAAAUGCAAGAUUGUUGUACAGAAAAAAAGUGGCUGUGAUUGGAUACGCUGCACUAUGUGUAAAACGGAAAUUUGCUGGGUGACAAAGGGACCUCGCUGGGGACCUGCGGGUACAGGUGAUACCAGUGGAGGAUGCCGUUGCCGUGUCAGUGGUAAACCAUGCCAUCCCAACUGCCAGAAUUGCCAUUGAACAGAUGUAUAGCCAGUUAAUGUAGGGUACAGAAAGCCCACAGAAAUAUAAUUGUGACAAUUCCUUCUGAUGUGCACAUUACUGCUGUCUGGGGAAAUAAACCCAUAAUGCUAUCCUCCUUCGAAGUUGGAAUUCAAACCUAUUUCUGCUUCAAGGGAGUGUUGAAUUUACUUUGGGUAAAAUCACUGUUUACAGAAGCAUGUCGUCCCUAAAUCAUGGUGGUAGAGCGCAUAUGUGAGCAUCCAUGGAUGUAAAUGGAUUUCUGCCACACUUCCAGCAAACGUCACAAAGGGAAUUCUUGGUCCUGUCAAUGGUGAAGAUGGGCAGCCUUCUUUAGGUGCACAGUUUCAAUCACAUUUGCAUGCAUAGUUGGAGUGUAGGAGGAAACCAUUCAGCCCAUUGUGUCUGUACCAUCUCCCUACAACUGUUUUUGAUUCAUAUGAUUAUCCAGUUGCCUGAAAACUACACUUCAGUGUUUUGCUACCAUACUGUCAAGUCACAUAUUCCAUACCCUCACCACUCACCAUGCAAGCAAGAUAUACUGCACAUCACCUUAUUUGUUUUGUAAACCACCUUAAAGCAGUGUCCUCAAGCUCCUGUCCCUCUGGCAAUAGGCAGUUUUCCCUCCACUGAUCCAUCCAGAUUUUGAACAGUUUUACUUCCUCAAAUCUCCCCUUCUGUGAGGAAAAGAGUCCAGCUUCUCAAAUCUAUUCAGGUGACUGAAAUAUCCUCUUAUCAAUCAGACCCCCUGCUGACUUCACAUUUUCCACUGUUCCCACAAUACCUUUAGAAACAUAUCCUUUAUUUCACUUUCCUUUUCUCAUUCUUACUAUCAAAAUGCACCACUUCUCACUUUUUUUUUGCAUUAAAACAUCCACCAGCUUGUCUGUGCUCUUGAUAUCUAUUGCCAUACUCCUCAGUCUUCAGGACUUGUAGGUUUUGUGUCAAUUAAAAAUUGAAGCUUUUCCACUUGCACAAGCAAGUCUACAUUAAUUAAUGAAUCAAGAAAAGCAGUAGCCCCAGUACCUAAAACCCUGGGAAACACCCUUUUCUUUUAUUCAACCAGAUUUAACUUUGAUAAGUCUGUUAGGUAGCGUUUUAUUAAAUAUCUUUUGGAAGUCCACAGACAUGACAGCAGUCAUGUUGUAUCAGAGAAAAUAGAAACUGCAGAUGCUGGAGAAUCCGAGAUAACAAGGUGUGGAGCUGGAUGAACACAG